UUAAGAGGUGGUGUUUUGUGGAAACUAGCAGAAGGAAGGGAAAAACACAUGCUUAAUCUAUUAGCAGCGAUUAUCUUGCUUUAAGACUGAAUCUCAGUAUUAGUGUUUCAAAUGCUCAAAAUCUCAAAUAGGUUUUUCUUACGGCUAACCUCCAGAUACUUAAGUUUUUUUUUUUUUUUUUUUCCCUUUAGUUUUUUUGGGAUGAUAGUUUUUCAGAAUGUGACUUCAAGUUUAGUGCGUCAAUGUUUCUUGUCUGGUGAUACCAAAAUGAAUCAUCCUGCUUAUAAAGACUUAUCUAUUAUAAGUUAAAUGAAAGUUACUCGAGGCACCUAAUUUUCUACGUUAUUAGCUCUGAUGUCUCUCAGGUUAACCCAUAUUGAUCAAUUGAAUUAUGGUUGUCAUGAAUUAUUUGGGGGCAUUAUCCGAAAGACAAGAACGGUUAUGGAAUGCUUACACCGUUUUUGCAGAGAAUGCAUUGACAAGUCUAUGCGAAUGGGGAACAAUGAAUGUCCUGCUUGUCGCACACACUGUGCUAGUCGCCGUUCUUUGAGGGAUGAUCCAAACUAUGAUGCCCUAAUAGCAAUAUUAUAUCCAGAUAUUGAUAAAUAUGAGGAAGAGGAAUUGGCUUUUCAUGAAGAGGAGAUGGCUCGUAAUAAGCAGCAGAUUCAAGCUUCAAUUGCCCAGACACUUAGACGGCAAACAGAAGCACUGGGUAGAAAAAGAACAUCAAGAGCAACUCCAGCAUUUAUAAGGAGAUCUGGCAACAGAAACUUAAGGAGACGGAGAAACCAACGAGUUGAGCCUCAAGGAUCUGAUGACGAUGAGGAUGCCAAUGGUCAUGAUGACAAAGAUUCGUCUUCUGGUGAUGAUCACAGUGCAGAGGUCAAACCGAAAAGGCCUAAAAGAUUGGGAGGUCGAUUUUCCCAAGGCUCAACAGCUGGCAAUGCCAAUGCAGGCUGUGAUGAAAAUGAUUCAGAAAUGAACAGAGAGUCACUUGUUGCAACAGCUCUUAUUGGCAGCUCAGAAAUUCUUGCCUGGGGGAAGGGUGGCAUGCGAAGUCAAAAGACUCAAAAUAGGUAUGGCAGUCUUGGUGGUCGUAAUGGCAGGCUUUGCAGGAGUAGCAGAGUCUCAAAGCUGAUUGAAUCUCUUCAACAUUCAAGUGAAAAUGAUGCAAAGGUUGAUAUUGGUCUGAUGCUUGUCUCCUUGUGCGAGGAAGAUAUUCCAAGUUUGCAGCGACCAUACCUUUGCUGCAGGCCCACUUUGACAGUCAAACAUUUGAUCCAAUAUGUCUCGCUGCAGACCUCAAUACAAGCCGAUGAAAUUGACAUGUUGGUAAUGAAAGAGCUUUCUCCUACUGAUAAACCUUCAAGCUCAGAGGCUGUUCCCAUCACCAAAUCAGUCGCAGGGGUGCCUUGCAACAGCGAAUUCGACAAGUUACAAGAACACCAGACAUUGGAAGAAAUCCAACCAAGCUGUGGCUUUAGUCAAUGUAACCUGCUUCUGGCAUACCGCCGAAAGCCAAAGGAGUAGAGGCGGUGGUGAUGAAGGGAAUGACAAAUGACAAACGACAAACGUUGACGCGGUUCGUGUAACAUGCUGUGCACAGAUACUUGGCAAUUUCAAUUUAGCUGUUUAACCAAGUGGGAAGGUCAGUUAAUCCUUUGUAUUGUAUCUAUACAUCUAUGAAGGUGUGAUCUAUAUAUAGCCCGAUGAAAACAACACUAACACAUUGACUAGUUGUUCCUGUAUGUUAUAAACAUUUCUUUUCUGAGAUACCAAUGAUACUAGGUUAAAUUGUUAGAAGUAUAUGCACCCUUUUCCCCCCUAAGAUUCCUUCUGUAUGAAAUAUCCUACAUAUUUACUCUUAGGUUAAAGUUUGUUACUGUGGGGGAUGUUAUUAUUCAUUUUGUGUCUAGUGUUUCUGCAGUGUCAUCUCCAGUUUUACAA